CGGUCUUUGCUUCCGUGUUUCUAUGCGCCAUGUUGUCUGGUACAGGAUGGAUAGGCCUACGGGUAUUGCGUUCUUAAAGGUUUUUAAAUAAUGCCUGAAGCCGCAGUGUUUCAAGCUUUUUAAAAUAGUUUCACCCGUAUCCUCUAUAUAGGAACAGCAAGAAAUCGGCGAUCUGUGUAAGUGUUUGCUGAGCAACAGCAUCUGUCAGGAAGGAAUAGCCAGUCGCUAAUGUAUAUGCAGUAAUACUGCUGGUUUAACACUAACGUAGUUAUUUAGUAUUGUAACUAAACUUUCCUAGUUUCCAUAACCGUCAAUGGCGAUUAAAACUAACAAUAAUUCCUGAAAUGACUAAUUGCCAUAUACUAGAAAUACUUCCUCGCUAGCUCAGUAGUUAGCACAUGAUUAUAAACGUAUUUGAUGCUAAAAUAUAAUACUGUUGAUAGCACUUUGCCAGUAAGAUGAUAGACUGCAAAUAUAUAUAUAACAUAAACCCUAAUCGCUUUUUACUCUGUCCAGCUGGCUCAUUAUAUGGUUAUGUCACUCAUAAAAUAGUCGUAGAUGUACAGUAUGUAUAAACAGCUUGUGUUUGUAAGGGUGUUAACCACACUGUUGUGUCGCUCAGUGUAAACCGUGGGGUUGAAUGAUGCAUGGUUAAACGAAGCUGGAUUUUGCAAAGAAUUUGACCUUGGUAACGUGGAUACUACUUGCAUUUUUUAAUUAAAGGAUCCUUUGAUGAUGGGUUGGAUUUUUGCCACUGGAUGUGCUGGGAUGGACCUACACUGGAUCUCUCUGGGUUCUGUGUGAUCUCUAGCCAUGCCUUGCCUUUUUUGUCAUGGGGAUCUGCAGAUCAUUGGGGUCUACACAUUUUGUAUAAACUUUGUUUUGGAAAUAGGGAUGUGAUGUAGCCAAGGUGGAUGGACAUUGAGGUGCGGUUGGUUGUGCCCCGUCAUGGCGGUGGUCAUCCGUUUACAGGGACUCAGAAUCACAGCUGGUUCUGAGGACAUUCGCAAUUUCUUCACUGGCCUAAGAAUCCCCGAUGGCGGGGUGCACAUUGUUGGUGGAGAACAUGAGGAGGCUUUCAUUAUCUUUACUUCAGAUGAAGAUGCGAGGCGGGCCAUGACUCGUUCUGGGGGGUGCAUCAAAGGGUCUCCCGUUAACCUUCUGCUGAGCAGCAAGUCAGAAAUGAAGAGCAUCCUUGAGGCAAGCAUGAGAAAAUCUGAAGCAAGCAAGCGGAGGGUUUACAACGAAGGGAUCAGGAGACCAAAUGCUCAGACAGUGCCUUGUUCCGUCUCUGAGAACCUGUCCAUGGAAGGUUGGCGAAUGAACCGCUCGGAUAUAGGUAGUAGCUCAGGCCCAGUCAGCUUGAGUAGUCCGCGUCCUUAUCGUUCGAGAAAGACUCUACCAGACAGCAUUGAUGGCUUGUAUCUGCAUUUGCAGGGAUUGCCGUUUUCUGUAACAAAAGGUGAUGUGAGAGAUUUCUUCCAUGGGCUGCAAGUAGACGAUGUGAUUCUCCAGAAGAAUCGAAGAGGACUAAACAAUGGGAGUGGAAUUGUGAAAUUUGCAACACUGCAUGAUUCAAGAGAAGGUCUAAAGCGGGACCGUGAGUACAUUGGAUCUAGAUUCGUAGAAAUUAACGCAUGUACUGAGCAGCAGUGGAUUAGAGCGUGUGCUCAGGCUGAGGCAUAUGUAGAUAGCACUGUUGAGUUUGGCAGGAGGCAGUCUCCAGUUCAUGUGGAGAGGAGGUAUGGUAGGGAUUGCACGAGAUCACGCUCACCGGAAGCCUACAGGUCAAGGUCAGCCUCCCCUUCUGUUGAAGAAUACUGUGUCCUGGUGGAAAACCUCUCUUACUCAGUGCAAAAGAGUGACUUGAAAGCCUUCUUCCACCCUGUGCCACUGAAGGAUGAUCAAAUUGCACAUCUCUUUGAUAGAAAUGGGAGGAAGACACGAUCUUGGUUUGUGGUGUUUAGAAGUCUCAGAGACUACUGUGCUGGUCUGGCACGCCACAAGGUGGACUUUGCAAACCGAACAACGUAUGUUUCUCCUGUUUCCAAGGAAAAAAUGCUUGAGAUGUUAGAGUCUGCAAAGAUGAAAUUGGAGGAGCAUGAAGAGAGGGCUAGUAAGUCUUUUGAAAACUCACUUCAUUAUCAGGGGUCACAAAAGAUCUGCCUCUAUGUGCGGAAUCUGCCAUUUGAUGUGCGCAAGGUGGAGAUCAUGGACUUCUUCCAGGGCUUUGGUAUCCCAGAAGGCAACGUUUACUUACUACAAGAUGAUAAGGGAGUUGGGCUUGGUGAGGGCUUGGUGAUUUUCCGAUCCGAGGAGGAGGCACUGAGGGCAGAGGUUCUGAAUGGAGAAAGGUUUCUUGGGUCGGAAGUGAUGUUGAAAAGCAUCUCUAGGGCACAGAUGCAGGAAUUUGGGAUUCUUGAUUCAUCAGAUGGGCCAUCAUUGGAGAAGAAGCUCGAGAGGUAUUCUUCAAGACAUGGCAGGACAUCUCCCCUCUCACCUGGAGGAGAGUACUCUGAUUUCGGGGUCCUGUCAAAUUCAUGGAUAUCUCCAAGCAGUUUACCGGAUCAUUCACGCAGGAGUAGCAGUAGAUCUGACUCGCGCACAGAUGGCCGUGCCUCAUCCAUUGACAGAGGGGAUGGAUCUCAACACAGAAGGUUAGGUGGGCCAGGGCAACCAUUUGAUGGCCCCACCUGUGUGAAGCUGGUGAAUCUGCCUCCAAAAAUCACCAUUGAGGAGAUUUAUGACUUUUGCUACGGAUAUAGAGUGAUUCCAGGAUCUGUGUCACUGCAGUGCAACAAGAAUGGCAUUCCUAAGGGCACUGCAACAGUUGUCUUUCACUCGCGCCAGGAAGCAAUGACUGCACUCCAAGAACUGAGUGGAAGGCCUAUUGGGACCAGAAAAAUUAAACUGCUUUUCAUUUAAAUUCAGAACCAUUCGGCUGCAAAAUGAGCCCAAGUUUGGUUGGGACGUGUUGUGUUGGGUAGGCUUUGAGCAUUUAACAAUGUACUGAGCUUAUGCAACGAGAAGCUCAUAGAACAUGACAAAGACAAUGUGGUACAGUCAUGGUGCAUCCUCACUGACGAUGGUUACGGAAACCAUCAUUCACUUGAUUUGUUCCAGCGGUUUGUGAAAGUAGCUUGACACCCCGCUGUAGGGGGGUGGGAAUAGUGUUUUUACUUGAUUAACAAGGUCUUCAUGGAACUGUUUUCCCUUUCAUUUCCAAGAUUUGAAGAAUUGUAGGGAAAGUAAGUUCUCCUUUGUGAAUAAGCGUCGACAAAAACACUUCAUUUGCUUUAUUUCAGCAUAUUGUUCCGUAAUCCACACAUUGUUUAAAUAAACCUAUUGUUAUGUCUAUCUAAA